AUGACAGAAGCUGAAUCAAUUGAUGAGUCUGAAGAGCUUUUAUAUGUGAAGCGUCACUCACAAGACACAUUCACCAAUGAGUACAACUAUUUGGAAGCAAAACAUGCUCAAGAGUUUGUUCAGUGGUUAAUAAACUCCAAAAGGAGAGGAGGAAUGACAAGACGCCAUGCUGAUGGGACCUACACCAGUGAUAUCAGCUCCUUCCUGCAGGACCAGGCUGCCAAGGAAUUUGUUUCUUGGCUGAAGAAAGGAAGGGGCAAAAGAGAGAAAGCAUUGUGGCUGAAGAUUUAUGUAGACGGAACCUACACCAGUGAAGUUAAUACAGUUCUAGACAACACUGCUGCUAAAGAGUUCCUAAACUGGGUCAUGAACUCUAAACCUUCAGAAGCAAGGUAG